AUGAAGCGUUUUUUUGUUUCAGUUUCGCUCAAUUCGCAAGCGAAUUAUUUCUUCCACAAAAUAAUCGGUAAGCAUUUUUUUAGCUCAAGUUCAACCCGUGUUCGAAACUCAGAAAAUGGGUUGGAAUCGAAGUCAUUGUAUAGGAGAAUCUCGCCAUUGGGUGACCCAAAUGUCUCCGUAGUGCCAGUCCUCGACCAGUGGAUCAGAGAAGGCAAUACUGUUGAUAAAUCACAGCUUCGACAUAUAAUCAAUGAGUUGAGAUUUUACAAAAGAUUCAAACAUGCGCUUGAGGUAUCUAGAUGGAUGACUGAUAAACGUUACUUCCACAUGGAUUCUUUUGAUGCUGCCAUCCGAAUGCGUUUAUUGUUUAGUGUUUACGGUUUAGAACAAGUUGAGAAUUAUUUCGACACCAUCCCAGCAAAUUUGAAAGUCAUUGCUCAUGUUGCCCUUCUUAACUGCUAUGUGCUUGCUAAUUCUGUGGAUAAAGCAGAGGCCAUUAUGCAGAAAGCUAGGGACAUGGGUUAUGCUUCUAAUCCAGUAUGGUACAAUAUUAUGAUGAAACUCUACCAUCAAUUGGGAAACUGGGAAAAGGUUGAUGGUUUAAUCAAUGAAAUGGAAGAAAAGGGUAUUCCUCUUGAUCGAUACACACUCACCAUUCGUUUGCAUGCUUGUGCUACGGCUUCUGAUCCUGCAGGAAUAGAUAAAAUUUUAAGUAUUAUGCAAUCUGAUUCCAGCAUUGUUCUGGACUGGAAUGUGUAUGCUAUUGUAGCUCAAAAAUGCUUAAGAGUGGGUUUUGUGGAUAAAGCACUGGAAAUGCUGCAUAAAGUGGAGAGUUUGAUGGGUGAAACUAAGAGAAAGCAUUUUGCAGUAAUUUUCAUCCUGAAACUCUAUGCAGAAAUGGGCAAGAAAGAAGAGUUAUAUCGAAUAUGGAAUGAGUACAAACAAAACAACAAAGUCCUUAAUAAGGUUUACAUGCGCAUGAUACGAUCGUUAAUGAAGUUUGAUGACGUUGAAGGCAUUGAGAAGAUUUUUGAGGAAUGGGAAUCGAGAGGAUUAUCCUAUGAUUUCCGUAUUCCCAACUUCUUGAUUGAUGCAUAUUGCAGGAAUCGUCUUUUGGAGAAGGCUGAAGCUCUUUUAGAAAGAGGAAUAUCGAAAGGGGGUGAUCCUAAUGCAAUGACAUGGCGCCAUUUGGCUGGUGGAUAUAUCAUGAGAAAUCAAGUUUCGAAAGCUGUGGGAGCAUUAAAGAAGGCAAUCUCAACGAAUUUUCCUGACCCCAACAACGACACCUUGAUCACCUGCGUUGAAUAUUUAGAAAGGAAGGAAGACGUCGAAAAGUUCACGGGAUCUCUUCGUGCAGAGGGGGGUAUUUCGUCCGCAGCUGUGGUUGAUGAAUUGUUUUCUUUUAUUAAGAAUGAGAAAUUAAAUUCUUAUGAACAAAGCAAAAGUUGA